GGGGCGCGCGGCUUGCCCACGGCUGAAGGUCGGAAACUUGUGGCGCCAUUUCCUCAUAUGGGGGCGCCGGCGGUGAGGGUCCCCUGGGCGAAGGGCCCAAGUCUCCCGGCACGCCAACAGUGGGGACUACUUGGGCUGCUGCUAGGUGGGAUUCGGAAGCAAGUCCUGCGUCCUCCUCCGGAAGCCAAAAUCCUGCCCAUCUGAGAUCGGACCUCUGCAGGGCGCGCACACGGGCUUGUCACGCACCGACUUCGGGCGAGGGAGUGGCGGGCGGUGGGGGUGGGGAGAAGCCGGAAGGGGAAGCCGGGCCGUUGCCCAAGCGACGGGGUGGGAGUGGGGGAGGGCGACUAAGUUCUGUCUCCACGGAGACCGUGCAGGAUGAACGCCAAAGUUACUGAAGGUGGGCACACCCCGACGGACCGACGGCCACGGCCCGGAAAAGGCCCAAGAGUAAAGGCCCCAGUCCAUGGGUCCCAAGAAGAAGCUCGGGACCAGCGCGGGGCGCCGGCCGGGCGCGGCGGGAGACGGGGCCGAGCCGCCGCUGUCGGAGCGCGCGCAGUACCUGCAGCGCGAGUACACGCUGCUCUCGGAGCAGCUGGACGCCUGCGAGGCGCGUGUGGACCAGGUGCUGCAGGAGAACGCCUUCCUGGACCGCGAGGCGCUGCGCUUGCGCGAGGAGAACCGGCUCUACGCCAGCUACAUGAGCGCGCGCGCGCAGCGCUGCGCCCGCGCCGUCGCCCGGCUGGAAGAGCAGAACCGCGUGGACCUGACCCAGAUCCACGGGCAGCGGGCGGAGCUGGAGGCGCUCUACCGCGGGCGCGAGAACGGAGUGCGCGCGCAGUUGCUGGAGAUGGAGGCGCGCGCGGCGCGGAUGGCGCGGCAGGUGCAGGAGCUGCAGCCAUACAAGGAGCUGCAGCUGGAGCAGUUGGCCCGGAUCCGGGCGCUGGAGCGCGAGCUGCUGCACAUGCGCGUGGAUCACACGCAGCUGCUUCACCGUGUGAAAAGGCGCUUCCUGGAGGACAAGGCGGCCUUCGAGCGCGAGGCGCGUCAGCGCGUGCAGUCCUUGGGGCGGCGCGCGGAGCGAGAGGCGGCGCGCGCGCUCGUCGCGCACACGCAGGCCAUCAAGGCUGACAACGCGCGCCUGCGGCAGGAGCUGCUGCGGCUGCUUAGCUGGGCCCAGCUGCUGCAUGACACGCGGCGCCAGCUGCUGGAGCAGCGUGAACAGCUGCGGCGCGAGCACGAGGACACUUGGGACCUGGCGCGUGUGCAUGGCUGGCUGCGCCGGGGCCCAGGGGGCCCGCCGCUCUGGCGGCCGCCGCCGCCACCGCCACCGCCACCAGCGCGGCCCGCCUCGCAUCAGGGGUCCUUGGCCGCCUCCACAGCCCCAUCGCGCGGGGCCUCCCAGACCCCGACAUGGCUCCCGCGGGUGGGCUCCAGGGCCCCAUCACAGGCCCCUUCGAAGGAGGGUUCAGGGGCUUCAUUCCAGGCCCCGUUGCGCGCGGGCUCCCAUUUCCUGUCCUCGACCCCGUCCCACCCCGGCUCUCGGGUCGCGUCCUCGACCCCAUCCCGCCCGGGCUCCCGGGUCCCAUCCUCGGUCCCGUCGCGCCCAGGCUCCCGGGUCUCCUCGCGGGCCUCGUUAUACGGGGCCUCAGAGAAUACCGCCCCCUCUGCCAAGUCUGUCCCGGGGCCAGGCUCUUCCCGUCCCCCAGACGCAGGAGCCCGUGGACACUGACGCUGCAGGGGAAGCCGCCCCAAGGGGAGCCGGAAUCUGCUGGGGGCCGUGGAGGGCGCGCGGUGCUCAGGUGUUUGGUGAAUGCAAUGUUAAUAAAGGUGUGACCCGCUCA